AUGGCUCGUCGCGCCGCGGGCGGCGCACCCCUUAGCGCCCGGGCCGCCGCGGCCAGCCCCCUGCCGCCGCGCCCGCCACUCGGCGCCCCGCCGCGCCCGGUCCCCCAGAGGUGCCCGCUGUCCCGGCCGCCGCCGCCGCCGCCGCUGCUGCUGCUGCUGCUCCUGGGGGCGGCGCGGGUCGGCGCCCUGGAGAUCCAGCGCCGGUUCCCGUCGCCCACGCCCACCAACAACUUCGCCCUGGACGGCGCGGCGGGCACCGUGUACCUGGCGGCCGUGAACCGCCUGUACCAGCUGUCGGGGGCCAACCUGAGCCUGGAGGCCGAGGCGGCCGUGGGCCCGGUGGCCGACAGCCCGCUGUGUCACGCCCCGCAGCUCCCGCAGGCCUCGUGCGAGCACCCGCGGCGCCUGACCGACAACUACAACAAGAUCCUGCAGCUGGACCCGGGCCAGGGCCUGGUGGUCGUGUGCGGCUCCAUCUACCAGGGCUUCUGCCAGCUGCGGCGCCGGGGCAACAUCUCGGCGGUGGCCGUGCCCUUCCCGCCCGCCGCGCCGCCCGCCGAGCCGGUCACCGUGUUCCCCAGCAUGCUCAACGUGGCGGCCAACCACCCCAACGCGUCCACCGUGGGGCUGCUGCUGCCGCCGGCCGCGGGCGCGGGGGGCAGCCGCCUGCUGGUGGGCGCCACGUACACGGGCUACGGCAGCGCCUACUUCCCGCGCAACCGCAGCCUGGAGGACCACCGCUUCGAGAACACGCCCGAGAUCGCCAUCCGCUCCCUGGACGCGCGCGGCGACCUGGCCAAGCUCUUCACCUUCGACCUCAACCCGUCCGACGACAACAUCCUCAAGAUCAAGCAGGGCGCCAAGGAGCAGCACAAGCUGGGCUUCGUGCGCGCCUUCCUGCACCCGGCCGAGCCGCCGCGGGCCGCGCCGUCCUACGCGUACCUGGCGCUCAACAGCGAGGCGCGCGCGGGCGACAAGGAGAGCCAGGCGCGGAGCCUGCUGGCGCGCAUCUGCCUGCCCCGCGGCGCCGGGGGCGACGCCAAGAAGCUCACCGAGUCCUACAUCCAGUUGGGCUUGCAGUGCGCGGGCGGCGCGGGUCGCGGCGACCUCUACAGUCGCCUGGUGUCCGUGUUCCCCGCGCGCGACUUGCUCUUCGCCGUCUUCGAGCGGCCCCAGGGGACCCCCGCGGCCCGAGCGGCUCCGGCGGCGCUCUGCGCCUUCCGCUUCGCCGACGUGCAAGCCGCCAUCCGCGCCGCUCGCACCGCGUGCUUCGUGGAGCCCGCGCCCGACGUGGUGGCCGUGCUGGACAGCGUGGUGCAGGGCACCGGGCCCUCCUGCGAGAGCAAACGCAACAUCCAGCUCCAGCCAGAGCAGCUGGACUGUGGCGCCGCCCACCUGCAGCACCCCCUGUCCAUCCUGCAGCCCCUCAAGUCCUCGCCCGUGUUCCGGGCUCCGGGGCUCACGUCUGUGGCCGUGGCCAGCGCCAACAAUUACACCGUGGUCUUCCUGGGCACGGUCAAUGGCCGGCUCCUCAAGGUCAACCUGAACGAGAGCAUGCAGGUGGUGAGCAGGAGGGUGGUGACGGUGGCUUACGGGGAGCCCGUGCACCCCGUCAUGCAGUUUGACCCCGCUGACCCCGGGUACCUGUAUCUGAUGACGUCCCACCAGAUGGCCCGAGUCAAGGUGGCGGCCUGCGACGUCCAUGUCACCUGCGCAGCCUGCCUGGGUGCGGCCGACGCCUACUGCGGCUGGUGCGCCCUGGAGACCAGGUGCACGCUGCAGCAGGACUGUGCCAACGCCACCCAGCCGCACUUCUGGACCAGCACCAGCGAGGGGCCCGGCCGCUGCCCGGCCAUGACCGUUCUUCCCGCGGAGAUCGACGUGCGCCGCGAGUACCCAGGCAUGAUCCUGCAGAUCUCGGGCAGCCUGCCCAGCCUCAGUGGCAUGCAGAUGGCCUGUGACUACGGAAAGGACAUCCGCACAGUGGCCCGGGUCCCCGGCCCCGCCUACGGCCACCAGAUCGCCUACUGCAACCUGCUGCCCAGGAGACAGUUCCCGCCCUUCCCCGCCCACCAGGACCACGUGACCCUGGAGAUGGCCCUGAGGGUCAACGGGCGCAACACCGUCUCGGCCAACUUCACCAUCUACGACUGCAGCCGCGUGGCCCAGGUGUACCCCCAGGCAGCCUGCACCCGCUGUCUGUCGGCACCGUGGCCCUGCUUCUGGUGCACCCAGCAGCACGCCUGUGUCUCCAACCAGUCCCGCUGCGAGGCCUCGCCAAACCCCACGGACCCUCAGGACUGCCCCCAGAUCCUGCCCUUGUCCCUGGCGCCUGUCCCCACGGGGGGCUCCCAGGACAUCCUGGUGCCCCUGGCUAACGCGGCCUCCUUCCAUGGGGCAGCCCUGGAGUGCAGCUUGGGGCCAGAGGACACCUUCGAGGCCACUUGGCUCAACGCCUCAGUUGUACGCUGCAACCAAGUGGCGCUGCACACGACCCUGAAGACCCAAGAGUUUCCCCUCAGCCUCCAACUGAAGGGGCGGCCCUCGCAGUUCCUGGACAACCCCGAGCCCCCCAUAACAGUUGUGGUCUAUAACUGUGCCAUGGGCAGCCCCGACUGUUCCCAGUGCCUAGGCCGCGAGGACCAGGGUCACCUGUGCGUGUGGAGCGACGGCUGCCGCCUGCGGGGACCCCUGCAGCCCCUGCCCGGCUCCUGCCCCGCACCUGAGAUCCGUGCGAUCGAGCCCCUGAGUGGCCCCUUGGAUGGCGGGACCCUGCUGACCAUCCGCGGCAGGAACCUGGGCCGGCGGCUCAGUGACGUGGCCCACGGCGUGUGGAUCGGCAGCGUGGCCUGUGAGCCGCUGGCGGACAGAUACACGGUGUCGGAGGAGAUCGUGUGUGCCACGGGGCCAGCCCCAGGGGCCUUCUCAGAUGUGGUGACAGUCAAUGCUUCCAAGGAGGGCAGGUCUCGGGAGCGCUUCUCCUACGUGCUGCCUCUGGUCCACAACCUGGAUCCUAAAAUGGGCCCCAAGGCAGGGGGCACCAGGAUCACCAUCCAUGGGAGUGACCUCCACGUGGGCUCCGAGCUCCAGGUCCUGGUGAACGACACAGACCCCUGCACGGAGCUUGUGCGCACGGAAACCAGCAUCACCUGCACGGUGCCCGGGGGCGCCCAGGCGGCCCCGGUGCCCGUGUGCGUGCGCCUGGAGCGCAGGGGCUGCGUGCGCGGCAACCUCACCUUCUGGUACAUGUCCAACCCCGUGAUCACGGCCAUCAGCCCCCGCCGCAGCCCCGUCAGCGGCGGCAGGACCAUCACGGUGGCUGGCGAGCGUUUCCACAUGGUCCAGAACGUGUCCAUGUCCGUGCACCACAUUGGCCGGGAGCCCACGCUCUGCAAGGUCCUCAAUGCCACCCUCAUCACCUGCCCGUCCCCUGGGGCCCUGAGCAAUGCCUCGGCGCCCGUGGACUUCUUCAUCAACGGGCGGGCCUACGCCGACGAGGUGGCGGUGGCCGAGGAGCUGGGGGACCCCGAGGAGGUGCCGCGGGGCAGCAGGUUCCGCCUGGACUACCUCCCCAACCCGCAGUUCUCCACGGCCAAGCGCGAGAAGUGGAUCAAGCACCACCCCGGGGAGCCCCUCACCCUGGUCAUCCACAAGGAGCAGGACAGCCUGGGACUCGAGAGCCACGAGUACCGCGUCAAGAUAGGCCAGGUGGCCUGCGACAUCCAGAUCAUUUCGGAGAGGGUCAUCCACUGUUCGGUCAAUGAGUCCCUGGGCGCCGCCGAGGGGCAGCUGCCCAUCACGAUCCAAGUAGGGAACUUCAACCAGACCCUCGCCACGUUGCAGCUGGGGGGCAGCGAGACCGCCAUCAUAGUGUCCAUCGUCAUCUGCAGCGUCCUGCUCUUGCUCUCUGUGGUUGCCCUGUUUGUCUUUUGUACCAAGAGCCGCCGCGCCGAGCGCUACUGGCAGAAGACGCUCCUGCAGAUGGAGGAGAUGGAAUCGCAGAUCCGCGAGGAGAUCCGCAAAGGCUUCGCGGAGCUUCAGACGGACAUGACGGAUCUGACCAAAGAGCUGAACCGCAGCCAGGGCAUCCCCUUCCUGGAAUAUAAGCACUUUGUGACCCGCACCUUCUUCCCCAAGUGCUCCUCCCUUUCCGAAGAGCGCUACGUGUCGCCCUCGCAGACCCUCAGUCCCCAGGGGAGUGGCUCCCCGCCGCAGGAGACCCACCCGCUGCUGGGAGAGUGGACCAUCCCCGAGAGCUGCCGGCCGCACAUGGAGGAGGGCAUCAGCCUCUUCUCGUCCCUGCUCAACAACAAGCACUUCCUCAUCGUCUUCGUGCACGCCCUGGAGCAGCAGAAGGACUUUGUCGUGCGGGACAGGUGCAGCCUGGCCUCGCUGCUGACCAUCGCUCUGCACGGCAAAUUGGAGUACUAUACAGGCAUCAUGAAGGAGCUGCUGGUGGACCUCAUCGACGCCUCGGCCGCCAAGAACCCCAAGCUCAUGCUGCGGCGCACCGAGUCGGUGGUGGAGAAGAUGCUCACCAACUGGAUGUCCAUCUGCAUGUACAGCUGCCUGCGGGAGACGGUCGGGGAGCCAUUCUUCCUGCUCCUGUGCGCCAUCAAGCAGCAGAUCAACAAGGGCUCCAUCGACGCCAUCACGGGCAAGGCCCGCUACACGCUCAACGAGGAGUGGCUGCUGCGGGAGAACAUAGAGGCCAAGCCAAGGAACCUGAACGUGUCCUUCCAAGGCUGCGGCAUGGACUCGCUGAGCGUGCGAGCCAUGGACACCGACACGCUGACACAAGUGAAGGAGAAAAUUCUGGAAGCCUUCUGCAAGAACGUGCCCUAUUCGCAGUGGCCGCGGGCCGAGGACGUGGAUCUUGAAUGGUUCGCCUCGAGCACGCAGAGCUACAUCCUGCGUGACCUGGACGACACCUCGGUGGUGGAGGACGGCCGCAAGAAGCUCAACACGCUGGCCCACUACAAGAUCCCUGAAGGGGCCUCCCUGGCCAUGAGCCUGUCGGACAAGAAGGACAAUACUCUGGGCCGAGUGAAAGACUUGGACACGGAGAAGUAUUUCCACUUGGUGCUGCCCACGGAUGAGCUGGCGGAACCCAAGAAGUCCCACAGACAGAGCCACAGGAAGAAGGUGCUCCCCGAGAUCUACCUGACCCGCCUGCUGUCCACCAAGGGCACACUGCAGAAGUUUCUGGAUGACUUGUUCAAGGCCAUUCUGAGCAUCCGGGAAGACAAGCCCCCGCUGGCCGUCAAGUACUUCUUCGACUUCCUGGAAGAGCAGGCCGAGAAGAGGGGAAUCUCGGACCCAGACACCCUGCACAUUUGGAAGACCAACAGCCUCCCCCUGCGGUUCUGGGUGAACAUUCUGAAGAACCCCCAGUUCGUCUUCGACAUCGAGAAGACGGACCACAUCGACGCCUGCCUCUCCGUGAUCGCCCAGGCCUUCAUCGACGCCUGCUCCAUCUCUGACCUGCAGCUGGGCAAGGACUCUCCCACCAACAAGCUGCUGUACGCCAAGGAGAUCCCCGAGUACCGCAAGGUCGUGCAGCGCUACUACAAGCAGAUCCAGGACAUGACCCCGCUCAGCGAGCAGGAGAUGAACGCGCACCUGGCGGAGGAGUCCCGGAAAUACCAGAACGAGUUCAAUACCAACGUGGCCAUGACAGAGAUCUAUAAAUACGCCAAGAGGUAUCGGCCCCAGAUCAUGGCUGCCCUGGAGGCCAACCCCACGGCCCGCAGGACGCAGCUGCAGCACAAGUUCGAGCAGGUGGUGGCCCUGAUGGAGAACAACAUCUACGAGUGCUACAGUGAGGCCUGACCCCGGGCCGAGUCGGGCUGUGACACUGAGGAGCGGAGGAGGCUCAGGGGAAGGACGGACCAUGAAGGCCAGGCCUGGAGCCCCCAAGCCUGGCCCCAGGGACAGCUCCGUGUCCCCUCCCACUGGCUCUGACUCUGGGAUGGGGGCCGCUCUCUGGGAAGCUGUCCCCGUCCCCCCAGCACAGUGACCUGCGCUGCACCAGCCAGCUGCUAAGACAGCCCGGCCCAAACCGGGGGAGAGGAGGCUGCAGCCCCCCAAAACACUACCUCAAGCAAACUGGCCAGGGGGGAGCCCUUGAUGGCUUUUUGCUUUCACCACCAAAAAGCUGUCACCACGUCCCUUGGCCCCAGAGGACCCUGGCCAUGCUCAGGGUCAGAGUUUUCUGGUUUUCGGUGGCUGCAGUGGCCGGGGAGGGACAGAGGAGGAGGGGACAGGAGCUGGGAGCGGGAGGGGCGAGGGUGCACCGAGUCUGUAGCUGGGCUACUCGAUCUUUCUGGAAGUGUUUCUAAAGAUAGCACCACUUUGGGGGGUUGUUUUUUUUUUUAAAGCUUUUAUAUAUAUAUAAAAAAAAAUUAUCACGCGCCAACUGUGAAUGGCUGCCACUUGUGCAGAGGACCCGGGGAGGGUCCCCAGGGGCGCCCAACGCAACACUGGAAAUGACUGUUCCAGAGACCCCGCCCCCCAGGAGCCUGGGAACGUCACCCCGUCUGUCCCUGCCUGAUGUGACCCUGGGUGGCUGAUCCAGCCCGUGGGUCCCCCUGGGAGCAGACUCAGCCAAUGCCCAGGACUGGCCAGGAGCCCAGGGGGCGGGGGGAGGGGAGGGGAGGGCUGGAACUCUCUGGAACCUUCUUUAUAAUAAAAGUCUGCCGGGAAACCCA